GGGCUGUGGACCUUCUAUCUGAUCUAGUGUCUUUCAUUAGGUUUUGAUUAGAACUGUAGACUGGAAAAACUCUUUCCCUUUCAGUCGUCGUAACCUGUUUACUCUAUCUUUUUCCUCUUUUGUGCUAAAUCCAUCGAGUUUUGUGUGUUUCUUCCUGAAGUUCUUCAGCAGUUCUUCUUCCCAGAUCUAAGUGUUCUCUUUUCGUGUUGGAUUUCUUGAAAUCUUGUGAGAUUCUAUCGGGUCAGUAGGUUAGCUUAUCCUCUUGUGAUAGUCGACCAUCUGUUUCUCCCCCAGCUCUAAAUCAUGUCGUCGGCUAUGGACAAAGCGCUCAUGGCCUUGUCGCUUGAAGAGGAUGAAGAAGAAAUCCCUUUUGAGAUGCCAGAUCUGCCUGAAUUCCUUUCCAUCGAGAGGAACUCGUUAAGUCUCAUAGGGCGUACUCUUAAUCCUGGGUGUCAACCGAUGAAGAAUCUCAUCCGAGAUAUGCCACAAAAAUGGCAGAAACCUGGUCGGAUGAGAGGCGUUGCGUUAUCGAAUGAAAAAUUCCAGUUUAUCUUCAACAAUGAGCAUGACCUGCUGGAAGUGUUAGCGAAAGGUGCUCAUACGUACAACGAUUGGUCUCUUGCUGUCGAUAGAUGGUAUGCGAAUCCACCAGCCAACUACCUUCAAAUAAUACCGAUUUGGGUUCAAAUCUGGAAUCUCCCGGUUAAUUACUACACAGUCAAAGCCAUUACGGCGCUUGGCGAGCUGAUAGGUGAAGUAAAAGAGGUUGCUUUUGACCCGGAUAUACCUCAGAUAAAUGAGUAUGUGAGGGUAAAAGUCAUGUUUGAUGUUUCCCGACCGUUGAGACGUGCAAAAGAGGUGAAGUUACGACAAGGUGGUUCUUCAAUCAUUCGCUUCCAAUAUGAGAGAGUCCAGAAACGGUGUUAUGAAUGUCAAAGGCUAACUCAUGAGAAAGACUUCUGUCCCAUUCUAGUUAAAAGAAGAGAGGAAGCAGCGGUUGCAAGGAGAGCUGGUACGCACGUUCCUAGACCUGCAAAAGAGCUCUUCCUUAAAGAUUCUGAUCCUCUCUUUGGCAUUCUGCGUGAAGAUCAAAUAGGAGUGGACCCUCUUACUGGUCGCCAAAGGAUUGCUCAUGAUGUCUUGGAAGGAAUGAGACAGUACCUAAGAGCAAAUAACAAUGAAGACUGGCAAACCAAAGCAGACAGGAUCAAGAAAUCAGUUGGAGAAGUGGAGAAAGAUCCCAUUGCUAAAAAGACUAUCCUCAGAUUGGAACCUCAUCCUAUUGUGCACUUGGAUGUCAACAAGGAGAAAGGUAUAGUAUUUGGCUUUGAUAGCAGUCCUGUUGUGAGUCAUAGUGGAAAUGUGGCUUUGAGUCAGGAACCAUCUCUCUCAGCGAAUAUGUCCUCUUCUGGAAGAGAUUGGUUAAUGGAGCCAAAGAUGGUGCAAGAUAAAGAAAGUUUUGGGGAUUUCCUGGUUCUGUCUCAGCCGAGUCAGGAUAGAGCAACGGGUUAUCGACCUGGUUUCUUUGAAGCCGGUCAUUCCGGCUCUAUCCAGAAAAAACCUAAACAAAGAAGAAGACCUUACAAGAGUCUCAGGAAACCAAAACCAAAAGAACCGACUGCGAGUGUAGAUGAACAUCAGCUAUCAGUAGGAUUAUCCAGAGGUGUGAAAGAGAAGAGGAAAGCAGAUGUUGAAGGAACAAGCGCUGCCAAGUCGACCAAGCUUAAUCCUUUGAAGGUGAUCCCACAUGAGGGAUCACCCAAUGUUUAAAUGCGUAUC